CGUCUUCGUCCUCCCAGUCUUGACUCGGAAGUCAAGCCAAGAUGAUGACACCACUGCUGUUCGUCACCUUUCUGAUCAACUUUUCUCAUCAACUCGCACAAUUGGACGCGAACAAUGGAUUAAUCAGAGUUGCUGCGGUGUUAGGAGCCUCUGUGCUGCCUAUUGGACUCGCCGCCGGACCGAGAUAUGUCCCAAAAUGGAAGAAGCAAGCAUGCGAAAUACCGGCAUCCCAACACCCGAAUUCGCAUUAUAUUUGCGAUGAAGCCGGCGAAGUGAAAUGUUUGCCAGGCUGGACCGGAGAUCUUUGUGAUGUACCAAUUUGCCGCAAAGGUUGCGACCCUCUUCAAGGAUAUUGUCGGCGACCGGGAGAAUGCCGUUGUAAGCUAGGUUUCUAUGGUGAACUGUGUGAUAAAUGUGUAGCGUUACCGGGAUGUCAACAUGGAAGGUGUAACGUGAGCUUCGAGUGCUCCUGCGAUCCAGGUUGGAAAGGUAUGUUCUGCUCCGAGCCCAUUUGCGCGCCUGACUGCCUCUCCAGCCAGGGCUACUGCGAGAGACCCGGAGAAUGCAGAUGUCGUCUAGGUUGGCAAGGUCCUAAGUGCAAACAGUGCGCGGUUCUGCCGGGUUGUGCCCAUGGGACCUGUCAAGGACCCCUCGAGUGUCGAUGCGAUCCCGGCUGGACCGGACUGCUUUGUCAAACACCGAUAUGCGCACAAGGAUGCAGUCGGGAACAUGGCAGCUGCAGACGACCGGGCACGUGCAGAUGCCGCGUUGGUUGGACGGGACCCAACUGCACUGAAUGCGUACCGUAUCCCGGAUGCGUUCAUGGAUCAUGCAAACGACCAUGGGAAUGUCGAUGCGAGCCUGGCUGGGCUGGCGAUUUGUGUAACGAAAAGCUUACCUACUGUGACGAACGCCCUGGUAUUUGUCAAAAUAACGCCACUUGCAUCAGCAUGACCAGCGAUGACGGCAAUUACAGAUGCAUCUGUCCCAUGGGCUACAUGGGCCGACAAUGCCAGAUUAAAACUAUGAUUCCAUCGAUGGAUCUGAUACCACCGAUGCCUGACACUAAUAUGGGAUUAUCACAAGAAGUUCAAGGCCUUGCGGACAAGCCUAGUAUUGAAGAAAGCUCAAACGAAGAUAACCACGAGGAAGAACCUAUCAAAGAAGAAGAACAAACUGCGGAACCUCUUGGUCCUAUUGUGAUUACAGAUCCACCGACCACUAGCCCCAUAGAUCCGGCCGCGACAGCGGGAAAAUGGCCGACGGAAGCAGCAACAGAAUCAACUGAAACAGAAAGAGACGACGAGAACGAAACAUAAGACUGGAUCAUCGCCUGAAUAUAUUAUUACUUAAUUAUUUAUUCAUUACUUAUUUAUACAGCCUGUGCUCAAUAGAGUUAUUCGAUAAAAAAAUAUCCC